AUGAAUGGAACAGUAGAUCUGUAUUAUUUCUGUAUCUGUAACUGUAGCAGUGAGCAGUUAGCUAACCGCUCUGUCUCUCUUUCAAGGACUUUCAAUGUCUGCCGGCCGCCGCUGCUUUACACUAAACCCGCAGACCCCCGGCUCUUUGCCCCGACCCUGCCCAGCACCCCGCCACCGGUGCAGAUAACAGGAAGAGACAUAUUAAAUCAACUGUUAACAGCUAAACUACAAUACAGGACUGUUAAUGUUUUUUUUCUCCCAUCGUUUAAUGACAUUCCUUGUCCUUUUCCAGUGAAUUGGACAACUAAUGUUACGCACCUGGAGCUGGGGCUAUGGGCCAAGAUUGACAAACCAGUGCUUGCUUUCAUUCUGAGCAUUGAGAUGGUGAUUGGCAUACUAGGAAAUGGUUUGGUCCUGGUUGUUAAAGUUGUGUGUAGGGAUCAGUUUCAGUGUGAUUACUGGGUGCCGUUCAUCAGUCUCACUCUGUCUGACUUCUGCUGUUCUGUUCUGAUCAUAACCGGCUCAUUCCUGGCCGUUUUGACUGGAGGCCAGGAGUCACCGUGGUGUGAGGUGGUCAGCCUGUUCAAAUUCACCUUUAUCACUUCGUCUUUUGGAAGCGUAGGACUUCUCUGUCUCCAGCGUUAUUUGGGUGCAGACUCCAAAAGACGAUGCUGGUCUGUCAUCGUUAUAGUGACCUGUCUGGUGUCGUGGUUGACAGGUAGUGUGUUUGGAGUCGUGCCAGUGGUCUAUGACUGGAUCAGGUAUGAUUCUUCUGAGAUGCUGUGUGCUGUGUUCUGGGAGAGCAGCUACUCGGACAUGUUGAUCUACAUCCUUUGUGCUAUUACCAUCUCCAUCUUCCCUGCGAUGCUUAUCAUGAUCAUCUUCUCCCUGUUGACCUCGUUGGGCUAUGGAAAGAGUGUGAGCAGCACUGGUGAUCUUUCCUCUGUCACUCCUCUAGUGGUGGGGUUCUUUCUGGUCUGCUACACUCCUUUCAUCCUGUCCGAGCUGAUUCUACUGGGAAGGCUGGACCUCUCACCAUCUCCAGACUGGCUGAGGACACUGUCGUCAGUGUUGGCAUAUCUGGACUGCAGCCUGAACCCCAUCAUCUACUGCACUAAUCAAGGUUUCCGAGAGGCAAUGCUCGCACUGCUCUGGAACACCAAAAAGACGACUUUCCCUGAGCCUGUGCUGACCUGCGUAAAAUGUAUAGAAGUAUAAAUCUAAUAAUAAAAUGAAAGAAAUCUUUA